CAAUUCGUGCACCACGAGUGUGCAGGAAAGGGGUGGAUGAAAUGACUGGGAUGCCCCCCUUGGGGCAGUCGAUGGGCAAGGAUUCUGGGCAGAGCUGGAGCGGGACCAGGUUACUGUUAAGAGUCGGGCACCGGCGGCGACCCAGGUGGGUGGGCGCAGGGUAGGCGUGUGCGCACGCCGGGAAUGGGAGCCCGUGGACCCGCCAGGUCCUGGGCUUAGUCCCUCAGAAUCACGCCUGCCAUUCAGUCCCAGGUACGAAACAGGGGCACUACCUCUUUAAACGCGUCCGGGGCUGAGCCUCUGCCACACCAUGUGAUUGCUUGAAAGGCCGGGCUGGGAGCGCAGCGGCGGGAGCCUGGAGAACGAUGAGCCGAUGCGCGCGCGGUGCCCAGAGCCCAGCCCUGCCCGGCGCGGCUCCGGAAAGCCGCCCGGGGAACUUAGGGCAACGCCUUUGGGACCCCCUACUGGUUGGCAGGCAGGAUGGUGAGCUCCUUGCCUCCGGGUCGGCGGACACCUGUGGGCGUUGUGGAUGCACAGGGGACCCUUGUGGAGCUGGCAUCCCCACCGCAGGCUUCCUGACCACAGGUGCUGGCCUCGCGCCCCGGGGCGCCUGUCUGCUGAUGUGCCCAGCUCCUGCCCACCAUGCCGCCGUCCAUCUCGGCCUUCCAGGCUGCCUACAUUGGCAUCGAGGUGCUCAUUGCCUUGGUCUCUGUGCCCGGAAAUGUACUGGUGAUUUGGGCUGUGAAGGUGAACCAGGCACUUCGCGAUGCCACCUUCUGCUUCAUCGUAUCCCUGGCGGUAGCUGAUGUGGCGGUUGGCGCCCUGGUCAUCCCACUGGCUAUCCUUAUCAACAUUGGGCCACAGACCUACUUCCACACCUGCCUCAUGGUGGCCUGUCCUGUCCUCAUCCUCACCCAGAGCUCCAUCCUGGCUCUGCUUGCUAUUGCUGUGGAUCGAUACCUCCGAGUCAAGAUCCCUCUCCGGUACAAGACAGUGGUGACUCAGCGGCGGGCAGCGGUGGCCAUAGCUGGCUGCUGGAUUCUCUCCCUGGUGGUAGGCCUGACACCUAUGUUUGGCUGGAACAACCUGAGUGCAGUGGAGCAAGACUGGAUAGCCAAUGGCAGUGUUGGGGAGCCCGUGAUCAAGUGUGAGUUUGAGAAGGUUAUCAGCAUGGAAUACAUGGUCUACUUCAACUUCUUCGUCUGGGUGCUGCCGCCACUGCUGCUCAUGGUCCUCAUCUACCUGGAGGUCUUCUACCUGAUCCGGAAGCAGCUCAACAAGAAGGUGUCAGCCUCCUCUGGGGACCCCCAGAAGUACUACGGGAAGGAGCUCAAGAUCGCCAAGUCGCUGGCCCUCAUCCUCUUCCUCUUUGCCCUCAGCUGGCUACCGCUGCACAUCUUGAACUGUAUCACCCUCUUCUGCCCCACCUGCCAGAAACCCAGCAUCCUGAUCUACAUUGCCAUCUUUCUCACACACGGCAACUCGGCCAUGAACCCCAUCGUCUAUGCCUUCCGAAUCCACAAGUUUCGGGUCACCUUUCUGAAGAUUUGGAAUGACCACUUCCGAUGCCAGCCCAAACCUCCCAUUGAUGAAGACAUCCCAGAGGAGAAAGCUGAUGACUAGACUCUGCCUUGCUCCGUCUAGCCCACACCCAGUGGCUCUCUGUUCAACCCCCAUGUCCUCCCUGUCCCCCUGCCCCACUGUUCCUCCUCAGCGUUCCCAGCUGGGCUGUGGGCUGUGGAUACCAGGGAGGCUCUGAAGAGCUGCCAUGGAACAGGGCCCCUUCUCUAAGGAGCUGGCUGCCCUGCACCUUGGGGACGUAGAGGAAGCUUGGAGGUGGGGCCCCGCUAUGGCAGGGAACUGGGUACCCGGAGAUGAGAGGAGAGUCUUGUGUGGCCCAUUCCUGGCUGUUCUCUGAGCAGUUCAGAGAGCCAGGAUUAGAAUAUUCUGGCUCCUACAGUCAGACAGGGGAGCCUGCUAGUAGGUGUUGGUGGCCCAAGGGACCAACUUCAAGAUCAGGAAGACAGUCCCUUAGAGGUGAAUGGAGAGACAGAAAUGGCUAUCUCCGGGCUUUGCUGUCUCUCUUGUUCUGUAGAAGAAGGUAGUAAACCACAGGGAAGGAGACCUCAGCCCCUCCUCCAAGGACUGUGUUCUUGGCCAUGCAAGUGCUGUGAUCUCUGCCCUCCUGACCCUGAGAAGCCCGGGGGUUAGACUUGGGAGAGGCAGAAAGAAUGGUUCCAGGGAUUGUCUCUCACAUUCGCUCUGUUCACAGCCUGGGACUCCCAGUGGGCCACUAAGUCCUUGAUGCAAGAAGGUGCUGCCUCAAAUAGCCAGCAGGGAGCAGCACCGAGCCCUUCUUGCCCUGAACUUCCUGGGAGUCGCCAAUAUUAUUUUCUGUCUGGGCCACCAAGCUUCACCAACUCUCAAAGUAGGCCUGGACUCUCCUGAGGGACACCAUCUCUGCUUCUAAGCCCCAGGAGAAGAGAUUUCCCCAGGAAGGUCAACCCUUGGGAACAUGCUGCCUGGGAGGGGAAGAGGGGAAUAAAGCAUCCGAGAAGAUCCCGGGGCGACCAUGAGCACCCCUGGUGUGAAUGUGACAGACCAGACCAGACCAGACCAGACCAAAGGAGACUGCUGCCUUCAGUGUGAGGAAGUGCCUUGCUGGCAUUUAAAUAUCCAAAACACUCCUGGAGGUGGAUUUAACUCGGAGGCUAUGUUAUGAAUAGAGGGUAGGCUUUUGGGGGACGGGGUCUCAGGUAGGACCAAUCCAUGUCUUGCUUGCAUGGAUAGCAGGCAGAGGAGGGGUGUCAGGUUCCCUCCUCCUUGCAGUGUGAAUAUUGGCUCCGAGUCUUGAUUCUAGACUCUUCUCUCAGUUGGAGGUCAAAGUGUCCCUGGCUCUCAAGGAGGCCCCUUUGUCUAAUAAAAGAUUGUGAAGCCCUGUGGAGUGUGGGGUGCUGGCACCCCAUCACUGUCAGAGGGCAACCAGACCACCUCAGUGGAGAAGAUGUCAUGGUGAGGGUGGAGGGGAAGCUGAGAGAGGGCUGUGGAGGCAGAUGGAACAAAGAACGUCCCUGAGAUGGUGGGUCUGUUGCUAUAGUUACACAUGUAGGGUGCCACAUUGUGAGUCAGAAAGCAAGAGCCGGAACACUCACAUGUCUAAAAAAAUGCCCUGUGUCAUGAGACCCUUCCUGUUGGCACUUUCUUAAUCUUGAUAGUGUCUCCCCUUCAUAGUAACACCGUAUCUUCCCAUCCGCCAUGACACUCACUGCCACAGAAACCCCAUGCUAGAACACCACACACCUUUAUUUGAAUGCUUCUCACACAGUGUACAGCUCUGCAGAGGGUGCCAGUCUCUGCACCUUUGGAACCCUCUUGUACCCAGAAGGUGACCUGAGACCUGCCAGGCCCACUCCUGGCUCUGGACCCAGCCUCUGGUGGAGGGAGCUGGCAGGUACUGGAGGUCCCCACCCCUUAGCUGUUCCUAUGGUAUCUUGGUCUUGGGGACUUCUGGGGUCCUGAUCCUCAGGUCUGCAGGACCUGGUGGAGAAUGUCCUUCUGUAUCCUGGUAUGUAACCAAGCUGCUAGAAGAGAUUGUGGGGAGUCGGGUAGAGAACCACCUCCGCCCUUCUCCGUCCUUCCUCAGGCUCAAUUCCCAAUGCUGAGCUCUGCCUGCCCAGUGCAGCUCUGGAGACUUCCUAGUUCACCCAGAGCCUCAGAACCACCAAAUGAGGAAGGUCCCUACUUUGCUAGUGAGGAAAGGAAUGCCAAUGUUUACAGUCAUUCCGAGACAAGACUAGAUGCUGUCCUGUGACCAUCCAGUGUACCCAUCCCUUCUGGACCCCACCACCAUGGCCCAGUGCUGCACUGUCUUCACCAAACUGAACAUGCAUGCUAGUUGUCUUUUGCUACAAAAAUUGUACCCAGAUCUGCCUACUGCUUCCCUGCCCUUCCCCUCCCCGUCUCCAGUGACAUUUUGUGCCUGGGAAGUGGAUCCUCUUCUCCCAGUCCUCUCUUUGACACCACGCCCUCGGUAGAGGUAACUGAAGGAGUGGGUCCAGCCACUCACCUGUUUUCUUGUCCCAGUCUCUGCCUCUUGCUCUUCAGUGUGUGGCCGAAGCUGAAAGAGACCCUGCAGGUUAGAGCUUUGGGGGGAAGACUGGAGGGAACAGAGAGGUUUGAGGUCAGUGAUCCCCAGCACCCCAGCCUGCAAAUGGAAAGAACAUCUUCCCACUUAGAAAGUCACACAAACCAUUCUGGUCCCCUCCCUACUCCUUUCAUGCUCCAGCUUCACUCUGAGCUCCAUCUAGUUCAGUCCCCACAUGGGACUCAGUCUGUCCACUACGGCAGGGCACUAAGGCACCCUCCUGACCCCCACCUUUAACUUCCAGCCGACAAUCCACAGAGGCCUCCCCUAGCAUGUUGAUGGCCUUGCACGUGUAGACUCCAGAAUCAAAGGGGCUGGGCUUCCGGAUCUCUAAGGUGCAGACCCCUUGCUCAGAGACGGCGCGGUACUUGGGGUCACCCUGGAUGUCCAUCUUGUUUUUCAUCCAGAUGAUCUUGGGCUGGAAGCAAGGUCAGAGGAGGGUAAUGAAGUCAGAACAUGGGUUGGGACAGCUCUCAAGAGAGAGUUUCAUCUCUGCUGCCUCCACCCACCCCACCAGCCCAGGGCCCCUGACCUUAGGUGAUGCCCGGACGCUGCAGAAUAGCUGCGUGCUAUAGCCAGGAGUGGAGGUAUGAUCCGCCAGGGGCUGGGUGAAUGAGGGCGCUUCUGAGAAGUCUCGCUCAAUAAACUCUCUAGGUUUGGCAGUAAUAUCUAGGUUCAGGGGAAAAUUUGAGGUUAUAGGGGUACAGGAGGCUUCAGAAGACUGGCCUCAACCCUAAACGUUGGGAUGCUCAACCUGGUCAACAUGUGAAGAAGCAGAGAAAGCUUAGCUGGGCAGGGCUGAGGCUGAGCAGGAGGUGAACAGAGAGGAGUGGGCGGGAGGAUUGCGGCAAGAGGUGAGCAUCACAUUCCAUUUCGGUUUGCCUCUGCGAGUGGCUCUCCUUCUUAAACACAAAAAAACGCUCAUGGCUGUGACGCUCUGGCUGAUGUUAAAGACUGUGGCUUCUAGGGUGAGUGAGAUGGCUCAGAGGGUGAGGGUGCUUGCCACCAAGCUAACCACCCUGAGUUCAGUUCCUGGGACCCACAUGGUAAGAGGAGAAAACUGACAUGUUCUUAGACUUACACAUGCACGUGAGCAUGUGAACACACACUCACACACCAAUAAAUGUAAUUAAAAUGAAUAGUAA